CCUGGCACCGUCGAAAUGUCUUUCUUCAGUUGGGGUAAAGGAGACAGAGAUAACACUGAACAACCAGGACGUAAUUUGCAGGAUGGCCUCUUUCAAAUAGCAUCCCAAGCUUGUCACAUACUCGUGCAGGUUAAUAAUACACAUAAUAUAUCAUACGGUGGAAAUAACACCGUAACAAAUGUUGCAUAUUCAAAAUAUUCACAAGAACAACCUGGUCCAAGUACAUCAACUCAAAGUGAAACCAAAAUAUCAUCAUCUCCGAAAUCAUAUGAAAAUCGUUCAAGGAUCAAGGAUCAAGACGUUGUUGUAUUAUUACCACAACGAAAAACCAGAACACCACGUAUUAAAAAUAAACUCUCGACUGUAUCUGAAAAUGCAAGACUUGGUACAACAUCUCCACCAGUUGAUGAUGAUCUUGACCUGUGGGAUCACUCCGGCUUCAUGCUAAGAAGCGACUUCAAUCACCACAACAACAAUCAAUCCAAAUGUGGAUCACAUGGUUGGUGCAGACCAAGCUGCAUACCAAUAACCAUAAUAUUAAUUCUAAUUGUUUUAGUUGUUUUAUUACCAUUGAUUGAUCAUCAAGAUCAAAAAAAUAACAACAACAAUUCAAGUGAAUUUGGUAGUGAUUUUAUGUGUAUGAACAGCUGCAAAAUAUCACUCACUGAAUCAAUACCCAUUGGAAUGAUUUAUGAUAAAAAUAAAGUACUCCAUAAAAGUACCUAUCAAACUUGGAUAGAUUUAAUAAAUUCAGCUGAGGAUAAAAUUGAAAUUGCAUCGUUUUACUGGACAAUGAAUAGAAAAGAUGUAUAUCCUGAUGAUAGUGCAAAAUAUGGUGAAGAUGUUUUUGCAGCACUAUUAGAAGCUGGAAGAGAUCGUGGUAUUAAACUUAAAAUUGCACAAAGUAUACCAUCUCAAAUAAGUCCAAAUAUUGAUACAGAAUAUCUUGCUAAAAAAGCAAAUGCCAAGGUAAGAAAUUUAAAUUUCGUUGGAUUAUUUGGUAGUGGAGUGUUGCAUACAAAACUGUGGCUGGUUGAUCGAACUCAUGUUUAUAUUGGCUCAGCAAAUAUGGACUGGAGAUCAUUGACACAAGUCAAAGAACUUGGAAUUGUUGCAUUUAAUUGUUCAUGUCUUGCUAAAGAUAUUUCGAAAAUUUUUGACGUGUAUUGGAAAAUUGGAGGUGAUGGAAAAAUUCCAGUUAAAUGGCCAGACUCGCUGAGCACCAAAGUAAAUGUUGAUAAUCCAAUGAAAUUUAAUCUUGAUCAAAAUUCAUACAGUAGUUUCAUUUCAAGUUCUCCAGGACCAUUAUCACCAAAAGGAAGAACAAAUGACAUAGAUGCAAUUUUAAAUUGCAUUGAUAAAGCUGAAAAAUUUAUUUACAUAUCUGUUAUGGAUUUUUUUCCAUUAACAAUUUACACACCGAAAACAAAAUUCUGGCCAAUUAUUGAUAAUGCACUUAGAUCAGCAGCAAUUAAUAGAAAAGUAACAGUUAGAUUGUUGAUAUCUUGGUGGAAACAUUCAAGAAAAUCUGAGGAUAAUUUUUUAAAGUCACUUGUUGAUUUAACAGAUAGCUAUGAAAAUGUUAAAAUUGAAGCUAAAAGAUUUAUUGUCCCGACAAAUUCAAGCUAUGAUAAAAUACCAUUUGGAAGAGUCAAUCAUAAUAAAUACAUGGUUACUGAUAUUGCUGCUUAUAUUGGAACUAGCAAUUGGUCUGGUGAUUAUUUUAUUGAUACUGCUGGUGUUGGAAUUAUUUUUGAAGAUGUUGGUGAUAAAAAUAAUAACAGCAUUAGACAACAGCUUGAAGAAUUAUUCCUUCGUGAUUGGAAUUCACCAUAUGCAUUUUCAUUAAAUGCAACAUGUAAUAAUCCCAUUGAUGAACAAUUUAGAUCAAAAAUUAGUUACUUUUUACCAUUUCAUGGUCAUCAUAUUCGUGCGUAGACUAGAAAAACAAAAGUAACGCUUUUUUUUUACAUGAUAAGACUAAAUUUCGAUUUGUUUUUUUUUUCAACUUGAAAAUUAAUAAUAAUCAAUGUCUGAUAAGAUUUUUUUUCUUCUGAAUUUAAAUCUGUUUAUGAUCUUGGUGUCUUCUCCAACCCAUGAAAAAUAUUCUCCUACAAUUAUUAUUUUAAUUGUUAAAAAAUUGUAAAUACUAUAACGCAACAAGUAUAAAAAUAAUGAAAAUAAUUUGUGAAAAACAAUCAUAUAUCUAAUUAAAAUUUUAUAAUAAUAAAAAACAUAAUCAAUUAUUUUAAAUAUUUUUUUAUUAUUUUUUCUAUUAAUAUUUAUGAAAACUAUGCGUGCCUUUGUUAAUUAAAAUAAUUUUGCAAUAUAAAAUGCAAACUAGCACAGAUUAUAUCUAGAAAAUAAAAAAAAAUGUAUAAAAUUUUUUUUUUGUUAAUUAAAACCUCCCAUGGUUAUUUUGUUUACCAAUAUUAAAAUUGUUUAAUAUUUUUAACGACAAAUAAAGUUGUCAAUAAAAAAAUGUGAAAAUAAAUUUUUUAAUUUAAAUAAUAGAAUAAUAGAUUUAUUUAAUGAAUGAAAAAUAAAUAAGAUUUUAUUUGAAGAUAAUUUCACUAGUAAUAAAAUGACAGGAUCGAAAAAAAAAAAAAAAUUGAAUGAUGUCAUUGGAGAAUCCAACCCGGAACAUAUUAAAGAAAAUAAAAUUUAUCAUCAGGAUUUUUUUUUUAUUUACUGUAAUUAUUUAUCAAACAUUUUCUCAGUUAUUUUUAUGAAAUUUACUAUUUUCCAUAGAGAGCGCAUCGAGAUGUUAAUUAAAUAUUUCUAUCACGUAUGAACAAGCGUAAAUGACGAGUUGACUUUUAAAUGAUUCAUCAUUGCAUUGUGUCUCUAUUCUGACAUUUAUAAUUCUGUCAACUCUCAGGUAAUCAUCAAAGCUUAACAAAAGAAAAAAAAAAAUACUUAAAAAAACAUUAACUUACAUCAGCAAUAAUCAUUGUUAAAUAAAAAAAAAAAAAAAAUUCCAUAAUAAUUUAUUGUUAAUCGUCAUUUGUUGAUGGAUAAAUUUAUAAUAAAUUUUUGUUUUUGAAAUUGUUUUAUCUGUUUAUACAACUGUUGAAAAAAAAAUCAUAAAAAUUGUUAGGAAUAUGUGCUGGUAACUUUCACUGGAAUUAAAAUUUAAUUGUAAAAAAAAAUAUCUAAAAAAUAGCUAUGGAAAAAUUAUAAAUCAUUGAAAAGCAAAUUCUUUGUGUUGAACUCAUUUAUCUAUAAUCAUGUUGAAAGUUUUGAUUGUCCGGAUGACGUGAACGUAAUAUGCUCUGUUGAGAAAGUUCAAUAACCACAAGGUAAUAUUACAAAAAAAUUAUUUCAUGUGUUAACAUAUUAAAAAAUAAAUAAACGAAAAUUCAAAAAA